GGUCAGUUCCUCUUUCUUUUGCAUGUGGAAGUUCACAUCUGUUUGAUGAGUGUGGUUUUGGAUUAACGCAUUCAUUUGAGACGCUGGCACUGAAACGUACAGACGUGUAUCGCUAACAACCAAUCCACAUCACAUGCAAGAUGAUUGCAGUGUUAGUGUUGCUUAUGGUAGGGUUGGUUUCUGCCAAUAUUGUCUGUCCAGACGGGACAGAAUGUCAAGACAAAAAUACCUGCUGCCCAAGUAAAACAGGAUAUGCAUGCUGCCAAUAUCCAACUAUACCUGCAGUGGGGGAAGAGAACAAGGCUCCUGCUCCUCUGGUGAAAUCUAACAAUCCUUCUGUGGUUUACUGUGACAACUUCUCCUUCUGCACUGAUGGUACUACGUGCUGCAGAACUCCUUAUGGACAGUGGUCAUGCUGCCCAUACACUGUGGGUCAGUGCUGCUUUGAUGGCAUCCACUGCUGUCCCUUUGGUUAUGACUGUGACAGCACAUCCACCCACUGUUUAAGAGGAGCACUGAGAUUUCCUGCUUCCCAACAGAUUGCUGCCAUGCAGAGCAACACCAUUCAGAUACCUGCGGAGGAUGAAGGGAAUACAGUUCCUGCUUCUCUGGUGAAAUCUAACAAUCCUUCUGUGGUUUUCUGUGACAACAUCUCUUAUUGCCCUAGUGGUACAACAUGCUGUAGGUUUUCUUUCAGGCAAUGGACAUGCUGCAUAUAUAUUUUGGGUCAGUGCUGCGCUGAUGGCAUUCACUGCUGUCCCUUUCUUUAUCGCUGUGACUUCACAUCCACCCGCUGCUUCGCGGGAGCACUGAGUCUUCCUGCAUCUCCACAGAUUGCUGCGAUGCAGAGCACCACCAUUCAGGAUCAGUGCUGUCAAAGUGAGACAGGUUGCUGUGCCAUCGGGUUUCACUGUGAUGAGAAGAGUAAAACCUGUGUGAAAGACUUUGAACACUUGUCUCCUCUGAAGUCCAUGUUAAAUCUUCAGAAUCAGGACAGCGUUAUACACUGCAGUGACAAAGUGUAUUGUCCAGCUGGACACAGCUGCUGCAAGUCACUAACCGGCCAGUGGGCAUGCUGUCCAUAUCCUCUGGGUCAAUGCUGUAAGGAUGGAAAGCACUGCUGUGAAUACGGCUAUGACUGCGAUUCUACAUUUACUCAAUGCAAAAAAGGCGUCUCAAGCAUUCCGGCUCUUCUCACAAAGGAAGCCCUGCUUCGCUGAAUUUUCGUUCCUUGAACCAAUGGCUAGGUCCACAAAAAGCAAACAUAAUAAAGGGCAUUUUAUUUGGUCAAAAAAUGGUCAUUUUUUAAACUUUAAAGUUUUGCUUUUCUAUAAUAUGCAGGUGCAUUUACAUGUUAUUCUUGUCUUAUUUUGAAGGAACAAAAAUCAAUUGCAAACAUAAAUGACUAAUUGUAUAUGCCAAUUAAUAAAAAAUGACUUUAAUCACAAA